AAAGUACUGGCAAAUAUUCAAAACCAUGCAAGCUGGGAAAGAAAAACCAAUCUAUUUUAUUUCUAUAAUUUAAGUUUACAGAGAAAGAGGGCCGAGGAAGAGAAAUGGCAGAAGAGGGAGAGGAGAAGAGAGGAAAGUUUAGAUACGGGCCAGGCGGACGCCCAAUUCUGAAUUACGAGGGAUCUCGCGGUUGGCAGCAGCGUAUCUACAUUCCAACGGUAGCUGCAGGUAUCAUUGGCGGAGGAGCAGGGAUUUUAUCUGGAAUCUUGAAACAUCAUGGCACAUCUAAACUGGCAAUAACAUAUGCUGUUAAUUCAGCCAUCAUAGCCUCAUGUUUUUGUGGAUCUCGAGAACUUGUAAGGGAAUUACGUGCAGCAGAACCUGAAGAUCCCAUAAAUUCUGUUCUUGGUGGAAUUGCGAGUGGAGGUUUUCUUGGUCGUAUUCAAGGUGGCCGUCCUAGAGCCUUUUAUUAUGCCUUCUUGUUUGCAACAGUGGGCACAGGGCUGCAAUUAGGUACAUUUAAACUACAAGAAUAUCUUGCACAGAAAAAUCUAGAAUCUUCUUCCCCACAUACAGCAGGGGAGGUUGAAUCCAGUCCAAGUGAAAAGAAAUGGUGGGCUUGGCCAGAGUGGGCACCUAUCCAAAAGCUAGAUGAGGAAGCUGCAGCAAAACGAGCUCAGGAAAGAGAUAUUCAAAUACAAAGAACUCUUGAUAAACUAAAGAAAGGGGAUUCCCUGUAGAUUCAUGUCUACUUACAUCUAAUUUCCCUUUAUGCAGUUGCAGUGAGAAGCUCUAUGAAAUCUGUUAUGCAAGUGAUAUGGAAUUCAACAGUCCCAAGAACCAAGAUUUUAAGAAAUGAUAGAGGUACAUGGCAAAUAGACUUUCAAUGACUGGACAUAAUAUUUAUUAAAAGAUCUGGUCUGCUAUGAGGUUGCUGAAGACAUUUUUUCCUUGGUAUCAAGAUUGGGAGUACUAGUAGGUGGCUGGGAAUAUUUGACACCAAUAUGCACUUGCAGCACCGUAUAUGUCAACUCUGACAUUUGUGAGACUGGCAUGGAAUAGUCUAAAUCUAAAGGGCAGUAGAUCCUUCUUAUUGGAUCUCAUACCCAUUCUUCAACCUCUCAAGUUCGUUUUGCAUGAGUGCUGAAGUAUAACGAUUUAGUUUCAUGAUAAUAUUACAGCAGGCUUGGAUACAUCCUUUGUCCUGAAACAUUGGUUUCAAAUGAAUCAGAUUUAUUAGAAAUGUAGUGCUUUAGUUGUAUU